GCGCCGUUUGGAGAGAGACGCCGGCCGACAGCGCAGCGCAGGACCAGAACGCGAAUGUCGCCACACGACGCGGCUGGAGUCAUAGGGAAAGGCGCGGCAAGGCCGCGGUGGCCGAGCCUCGCUUUCGCGCUGCUGGCGCGGCGUAGCUGUUGGCCGCGCGGUUCCAGCCAGCUUUGCGGGUGCCUUCCUUCCGAUGUCCGCCGCUCAUAUUGGAGCACGUCUGUGAAACCCGGAGACCAUUGACUGAGACCGUUCUGUGUGUUCUCGUCGCGAUCGACUUGACUGUCUGGAAGUGUAGGUGCGGUUCGCGCGCUAGCGGGAUUUGCCAUCCGUGAGACAUGACAUCGUUCGACGCAUGACUCCGUGAACGCCAGCCGGUCUGCGCGCCGACCGGCCAUGUCGGACGAAGAACCGAGCCGUCCGCUGAUGGCUCCACGCAAGGUGUGCGUGCGGGGACCGACUGCCGGCGUGCGGCGACGGCGCUGUGGUGCCGCCCUGUGGCUCCUGCUGGCCUGCGCCGCGCUCGGUAAAGCGGUUGUGCCGAAUGUGGCUUCUCGAGACGUCCUGCACUGUGUCGACGGCCGGUUGCCAUUAGGAAGCGUCCCAUUUGGCGCCGCGGCGCUGGUGCUGCGCCACCACCGGCAACGCCGGCGGGCAGCGCGCUCCGACGGUUGCCGGCAGCUGCGCGUGCACGACGUGUGGCACAACACGAUGCCAAUGCUGACCACGGAGUCGGCCUUCCGCCAUUUGGACGUCAACGGGGACGGCACGCUCGACGUGGUCUUCGGCUUCGGAACCGGCCUGGAUGCGUACCGGUACCCGCGGGUGGCGUGCGACGUCUACCUGCCGGCGGCCGGCGGCCGGGGCUGCGGCGGAGGCCUGGCGGCGCUCGACGGCCGCUCGGGCCACGAGCUGUGGCGCCUCUACGUGGCCCACGAGUUGUUCGCGCUCAGUUGCCGGCUGGACCUGGACGCGGACGGCGUGUCGGACUGCGUCGCCGGAGGUCGCAUGGCGGGGCUGUACGCGGUAAGCGGACGAACGGGCGGCGUGCUCUGGGAGCUAUCGGGAGCGGACGAGGCCGUGGUCGAGCGUUCCAACAUGUACACGGCGCAGCACAUGCGCGACGUAGACGCUGACGGCACGCCCGACCUGUUGGUCGCCCACGGAGGAGACCCGCUGCGCGAGCCGGGCGCGCCUUCGGACCGGCUGGCGGGCCGCCUGCUCGUCGUCAGCGGGCGCUCGGGCAGGCUGCUCAGCUGGGCAAUGGUGCCAGAUGGCCGGGAGACGUACUACUCGCCGCAGCUGAUGCUCUACCCGGACGGCACCGAGCUGGUGCUGUUCGGCACAGGCGGCGAGACGCACGGGGGCUCGCUGUGGAGCCUGCCGUUGCGCGAGCUGCUCGCCGGCCGCGCCCACGCGGCACGUGCAAUCUACACGGACCCUAGCAAGGGUAUCAUGACCCCGCCGGCGCUGGUCGACAUAAACGGCGACGGCGUGGCGGACCUCGUCAUGGCCGCCUUCAACUCGACCGCGUUCGCGCUGGACGGCCUGAGCUUUACGCGGCUCUGGUCACGCCGCUUUGCCCAGUCCGAGUCGUACAGCACUCCGGCCGUGGGUUUCUUUGACGGCGACGGGACGCCCGACGUGAUGGUCAGCUACCAGACGGGGCCGGGUUUCCCGCUGUACGUGGCCAGCCAGACGACCGUGCUGGACGGCCGCACGGGUCUACCCCUGCUUCCGCGGCCCGUGCGCUCGGCGCUUGGAGCACAGGCGUCGCCGCUGGCCGUCAGCAUGCCCGGCACGGGCCGCGACCUGUUCCUCUAUUGGCUCUCGGACUGCCACCGCGGCCCGGCCGCCGACCACGAUGACCGAGAGUUCGCGCUGGCCGCUGGCACCAGCGUGUACCUGCGGAGUCGCGCCGACUUCUGCCGGCUACGCUUCGGAUCGCGCCUCUACACACGGCUGUAUGCCCUGUGGUCCGACGCCGGCCCCCCUGGUGCGCUCGUCUACGACUCCGACGGCAAGCGGCCCCUCGAGUACGGCGGCCUGCCAAACUUCACGGCCAUCGGGGCCCGCUUCCUGGAGCAGCACUCGGAAUACCGGCGCAUCCGUCGCCACGUGGGGCCGCACGACGCGGGCGGGGUGCAGCGCACCAUCUCGACCGGAACCCUGCUGCCGGGCUCUGGGCCGCGCAGCGUCGACCUGGUGUUCGCCACCUUCUGGUUCUGGCCGACGCGCGUGCGCGCCAUGUCGGCGGAGGAGCGGCGCUGCCUGGAGCGGAUGCGGGCGCACGAGGCGGCCCGCUUUCAAGCGAACAGCCCGCUGUACGGGCUCGACCACGACGCCUUCGAGCAGCUGGCCGUGGCCGAGUGUGGCCAGGGCGACGAGGACAACCAGCUGGCCUACGACCCGUUCGACCGGCGCAUGGGCCAGAUGACCGUGUACCGCGUGCGCCUGCAGUGCAUCUGUGACCGAUGCGCCGGCCCGCUGCCUUUCCGGCAGCAGAGGUGGCCUGCGUACAUGGGAGCAGGCGCUGACUGCUAUGCCAGGACGCCCUGAGACGCGCUCGUCCGGAACAAAGAGCCUUAGGUUACCGUGAUACUCGAAGGGUUGAAUGCCCUCAAUUGACAAAGGACAACCUUGACACAAGUGUAAGCGUAAUUAGUAUGCGCUAUCUUGUGAGUAGGCGCGUGCUACACGACAUUCUGCAGAGCGCAAAAGUACACGUACCAUAAAGACAGAAGUUUAAGCCAUAUGCUUGAACCUCUCUAAAAAAAAAAAAACGAGUGAGAGAGAGAGAGAGAGAAAGACCAAGUACAGAACCAACAUGUCGACAGAAUUAGUUUGACUUGUCGAGGCAGGGCUCAUAAAUAUAUUUUUGAAAUUUGUCA